UACUAGGGGUGUUUGAGAAAACCGGCAGCCAUGGCCGGGAAUAUGGGAAUGGAACAAUUGAUUCCAAUUGUUAACAAAUUACAAGAUGCUUUCACCCAGCUGGGUGUUCAUAUGCAGCUGGAUUUACCCCAAAUAGCUGUUGUGGGUGGACAGUCUGCUGGCAAGAGCUCCGUGUUAGAAAACUUUGUGGGCAGGGACUUUCUUCCUCGAGGCUCCGGAAUAGUAACGCGGCGUCCAUUGAUCCUUCAGCUAAUACAUGGAAACACAGAAUAUGCGGAGUUCUUGCAUUGCAAAGGAAAGAAGUUUGUUGAUUUCAAUGAAGUACGUGCAGAGAUUGAGGCAGAGACAGACCGUAUCACUGGCUCUAACAAGGGCAUAUCACCAGUUCCUAUUAAUCUGCGUGUUUAUUCCCCAAAUGUGCUCAACUUGACCCUGAUUGAUUUGCCGGGUCUGACUAAGGUGCCCAUUGGUGACCAGCCGGUAGACAUCGAACAACAAAUCAAGGGAAUGAUCUUCCAGUUCAUCAGACGGGAGUCCUGCCUCAUCCUCGCCGUCACCCCCGCUAACACAGAUUUGGCCAACAGCGAUGCCUUGAAACUUGCAAAAGAAGUCGACCCUCAAGGUCUUCGUACGAUCGGUGUGAUUACGAAGUUAGAUUUGAUGGAUGAAGGCACGGAUGCGCGAGAUGUGCUCGAGAAUAAGCUGCUACCUCUCCGACGCGGUUACAUUGGUGUCGUCAACCGAUCACAGAAGGACAUUGAUGGCCGCAAAGACAUCACCGCUGCCUUGGCAGCCGAGAGGAAGUUCUUCCUUAGCCACCCAUCAUACCGACAUUUGGCGGACCGACUUGGUACCCCUUAUCUGCAGCGUGUACUCAACCAGCAACUGACCAAUCACAUCAGGGAUACUCUCCCCGGCCUCCGAGACAAGCUGCAGAAGCAACUGCUCACACUGGAGAAAGAUGUCGACCAGUACAAACACUUCAGACCUGAUGAUCCUUCCAUCAAGACUAAGGCUAUGUUGCAAAUGAUCCAGCAGUUGCAAACAGACUUUGAACGCACAAUAGAAGGUUCUGGCUCUGCACAGAUCAACACAAACGAACUAUCGGGUGGUGCUAAAAUCAAUCGGUUGUUCCACGAACGAUUCCCAUUCGAGAUUGUCAAAAUGGAAUUCGACGAGAAGGAACUGCGUAGGGAGAUCGCCUUCGCUAUUAGGAAUAUUCACGGUAUUAGGGUGGGCUUGUUCACUCCCGACAUGGCGUUCGAAGCUAUUGUAAAGAAACAAAUCGCACGACUCAAGGAACCCAGUUUAAAAUGCGUCGAUCUCGUUGUGGCUGAACUGUCUAAUGUUGUUCGCAUUUGCACUGAAAGGAUGUCCCGAUACCCGAGGUUGCGUGAGGAGACGGAGCGCAUUAUAAUGUCUUACGUUCGUUCUCGCGAACAAAUGUGCAAGGACCAACUGGUGCUGCUUAUCGACUGCGAGCUCGCCUACAUGAACACCAACCACGAGGACUUCAUUGGAUUUGCCAAUGCUCAAAAUCAGUCUGAGAAUUCAACAAAGUCAGGACAUCGCGCGUUAGGAAACCAAGUCAUCAGGAAAGGAUACAUGUGCAUCCACAAUUUGGGUAUAAUGAAAGGUGGUUCCAAAGAUUACUGGUUCGUGCUGACCGCUGAGAGCAUCUCCUGGUUCAAAGACGAAGAGGAGCGAGAGAAGAAGUAUAUGCUACCUCUGGAUGGUCUGAAACUGAGGGAUCUGGAACAGGGCUUCAUGUCGCGUCGACACAUGUUCGCACUCUUCAACCCUGAGGGCAGGAACGUCUACAAGGAUUACAAACAACUCGAGUUGUCAUGUGAGACACAAGAUGAUGUCGACUCAUGGAAGGCAUCGUUCCUCCGCGCCGGAGUCUACCCAGAGAAGACCUCUGAAGCAGCCAAUGGAGACGAGUUUUUUCCGCCUUCCAGUGGUAUGGGUGGAAAAAAUAAAAGAAGUUCGGACAGCUCAGGCACAAGUAGCAUGGACCCUCAGCUGGAGCGACAGGUGGAGACCAUCAGGAACUUGGUCGACUCUUACAUGCGCAUCGUGACGAAGACGACACGAGAUCUCGUACCCAAGACCAUCAUGAUGAUGAUCAUCAAUAAUGCCAAAGACUUCAUUAACGGAGAGCUGCUUGCACAUCUAUAUGCUUCUGGCGAUCAAUCACAAAUGAUGGAAGAGUCUCCAGAAGAAGCUCUCAAACGCGAAGAGAUGUUGCGCAUGUACCACGCUUGCAAAGAAGCCUUGCGGAUCAUUGGUGACGUUUCUAUGGCAACAGUGAGCACGCCUGUUCCUCCACCUGUAAAGAACGAUUGGCUGGAGAGUCGCCUGGACUCCAACCCGCGACUGUCGCCACCCUCCCCUGGCGGACCACGCAGAGCUGCGCCUGCGCAGCAAGGGUCGCUAGGCGGCCGUGGCGCGCCGCCUCCCCCUGGCGGUGGUUCAGGCCGGCCCGCGCCCCCGCUGCCGUCGCGUCCAGGUGGCGGGGCCCCGCCGCCGCCCUCCGUGCGCCCCGCGCCCGGACAGCCUGGCCUUCCAGCGCCACUUGUGCCCACGAGGCCUGGAGGUGGACUACCAGCGGGUUCAGUAGCCGGCGUGAUGAACCAGAUGCCGCCUCAUAUGCGUCAACAGGUCAACCAGGCGGUCGGCCAGGCCGUCACCAACGCCGCCAUCAACGAACUUAGCUCCGCCUUCGCCAGAUUCAAGUAAACACGACAAUGUUGUCCUACGUCUCUAUGUUAUGUACGCAAACUUUGUAGGAAACGUCGUCACUUCGACCAGCCGCUGUCUCCGAUCACCUGACAACACAUAUCAGUGUAGACAUUCCUUCUAUACAUGUAAAGUCUCACGGACAUAUCAAUGUUACUCCCACUGCCCUACAUACAUCACAUGGAUAGUAAUCUAUCACGUGAUUUACUCAUUAAUGAUCUUAUGACUCACGAUGUGUGACCUUUUUGUUUUAGGAUUAAGUAUACGAAAUGCGAAUUUAUCCGAAGUGACCACGUUUGUUACAAGUGACGUCUGUCCAUCAGUAACUUUUCUCCUUGAUGUAAUGGAAAACUUCUGUAAAUUAAUGAAUACGCAUCAAAAUGUUUGUUUUAAAACAUCGCUUAUACACAUUUUUAAUAUGUAUAUCGAAAUGUAUGUUAUAGUUACUGUUUACGAGUUAUUGUCGAAACUAUAAGCGAUGUUUUAUCAUGUAAAGUUUUCUAUUGCUUAUAAUGUUUUACGUGUUAACUUGUCCAAGCAUUUUCAGAGCACAUUGUUUAACUGCUUGACCGUUUAGUGUGAACUAAACCUCUUGUACAUGGGUAUAGACUGCAGUGUUGUGUUACAUUGCUUCUCGUCCGACUGUCUGUAUGUAUUCCAAUGUGCCUGUGUAACACGUGCGCUGCACACCGACUCCGCUUGUGAUACAUAACCAACGUUACCGUAGGGUUUAUAAUUGUAUGUACUUUAAUAAUUUAUUAAUAUAUUAAACUCUUAUUGAUCACAAACAUUAUUUUUGCUCAAAAUCACGGAGAUCACACAAUUUAUAAUAAUAAUAAUAAUGAUGAUGAAUUAAAAAUAAUGUUGAAAUACUCUUCUAGCAAUUGAUAUUAUGUUACCAAUAUCGUGGCAUAGAUUCUGAUAUUCUGUGUACAUUCCAGUGAUUAUAUUUCGGUACAAGUGAGAUUAUGUUUGCAAGUUUUGCAAUGGCAACUAACAGGUAUAACCUAACUAAUGUAAUAUGCAAUCAUUGACCACUUGCAGACUAAUCUACGCUUACAAACAUGUUGCUUUAUGUAAUGGAAUUUAGGUUAUAAUUAUUUAAUUAGGGUUGUUACCCAAAGAUAUUAACAACAAUAAAAUUUUGUAUAGCGUCGAAAUUUUAUAAUGACUAAAUUGUUCAGUAUUAACUGUGAAGGAAGUAUUGUCUCACAGCGCUUGAUUAUGUAACAAUGCAAACGUACAUAGGAGCGCGAAACGCCGCGCGCCGCGCAUUGCGCAUUACUUUAAUUAUACUUACUUAUGAUGUAAUUAACUUUAUGUUACGAUUAAUUGUAAAUGUUACAUUCAGUGGCUUAAUAUAGGUGUAUAUUGGGAUUACGUAGUUGAGUUGUUUCGCGGAGGGCAUUACGGGCUCCCGGAGUGAGCCGGGGGUCUACGAGCAUAUCAUAUUGUUUUGUAAUGUGCUAGAGUUGUUUGUACACUAUUUAAAGACAAGAUAUAUUUGUUGAUGUUGCCGCACCAUGUCGCGUAGAACUAGCUGCGUAGGAACAGUCGUUGCAACAUGUACUCUCACGUCAGUGUCUAGGUGUUACAGUAGUUUAGAACUUUGACACGCUCGUCUAUUCUCUUCCCGUCUCCAGUAGCGACGAUGCGUAUUUAACGUUUAUGCUCUACUCUAAAAUGUACCCAGCUUGAUUGUUGUAUAUUUACAACUUAUGUCAUAUAAUCUGGUAUUUAGUGAUCACUGGUAACACGUAACUUAUGAACUCGUAACGAUAUAUAUCUAUCGAUUAAAGUUUGUAUGUAAACUUAUUGUACUUAUAAUGGAUAAGACCAAAGCAGUUGUCUCGUAUAUUGUUGCUGUUAGCAAUACCUUUGGUCAAUUAUUAGAACAUUUUAUUGAUGGUGAUGAUACAAUAUGAAUUCGUUAUUAAAAAUAUUAAAUAAAGCUUAUCGAUAUUUUAAUCUUGGAAUCAUCAUGCAUCCACUUCAUCGUUAACUAUUGCGAUUGCUGGAAUCGCUACAUUGACACUAGACAUCAAGUUGUCGGCGUUACAAAUUCACUUAUGAUAGAGUGGUACCACGAAGUUGUGGUACGGGAGCGAAGUCACGGUGUCUUGAGUGACUCGAGGGAAGCUUCAUGCGACGCUAGCGAUGCGGCCGACGCGACCGACGCCGUCGCUCAAUCGAGUUCCUACAUAAUGAAGUGUUGGACGUUAUGUACUCAUUGCUCUAUCGAUUGAAUAGCUGAAUUCAAAAAUAAUCGUUCAUUAAACGUUUUGCUCUCUCUUGUUAAUAGCGUUAGUACCAUCGAAAAAGGUAUAGGCAGUGAUUGUUGGAUUUGAUAUAGUUUAUGAAUAUUGUUAAUCUUAUGCUGUAUAAAUAGACUAAUUAAAUGCUAUAUGUGUACUAAAGACGUUUGAUUUAUUCCAGUAGUUUGGCCCAUUGGCUAUCUUACUAACAGGUUAUGUUAUCUACAGGUGUAAUAUUAGGUAAGCCUGAUUUUGAAUAAUGUUAGAAAUAUUUCAAUAAGAAUUGUGUUUGGUAGACUUCAUCUUAAAUCAUUUUUAUGUUUGUAGUAAUAUAUUUUCAUAUUUCUGUGCUAUUUUAGAAUUGAACGUUUAUGUUUUCUUAUUGAAAUAUUUGCUUCGUUCUUGAACCGUGACUGUAGGAAUAUGCUUGCGUUCAGUUACGUUUCUAGGAAUUGGUGCAUGUGAUUAAAGCGUAUGCCUGUACAUACAGCGAAGUAUGAUCGUUGCUCUUUGUUUUUUAAAGUAGCAUUGUGACUGAGCUACUCAUAAACAUACUUUUGUAUCCCAAUAGGCGUGACUUGUUAUUGAAUUCCAAAGCUCCUGCGGACGGUGGUUGCAUGGCAUUGCGUAUAAUUCCUUAAGGUUCGGAUCCGCUUUGUGCUUGUGAAUGUGUCUGCGUUAAACUAAAACAAUAUUCCCCUUUGUACGUCUUCCUUAUUUGUCGAACUCUCAUUGUACAUUCAUAGGUAUUUAGACAUCACUGUAAAUAAUACGAGCAUUGUGUUUGUUUGUGUGUAAGGCGUGUUUUAAUAUGGGUUUUUAUG